GUAUCCUAACUGUAAAUUAUAUUAAAGUAGAAGGAAGUUGGUUUAUCACCUUCUUUUUUAUCACCUUCCGGUUGCUUGGUUAGCAGCGGUUAGCUUUAGCUAGGCUACUUAAUUAGCCUGCUUGCUAACUCGCUAAUUACAUAGAGGUACAUGGUGAGCUAUCUGUCUGUGUGUUUACACUGUCUUCGACUAAAAGGACUCUUGACGAAACAUGGGCCGCUCCUCCAAAGACAAGCGCGAUAUUUACUACAGACUGGCUAAAGAGGAGGGCUGGAGAGCCAGGAGCGCCUUCAAACUGCUGCAGCUGGAUGAAGAGUUCAACCUGUUUAAAGGUGUGAGACGAGCGGUGGAUUUGUGUGCAGCUCCCGGCAGCUGGAGUCAGGUUCUGAGCCGCAAACUCCGAGGGAAAGAGUCGAGUGAAGAGGUGAAGAUUGUAGCAGUGGAUCUGCAGGCGAUGGCGCCUCUCCCCGGAGUCACACAGAUUCAGGGCGAUAUUACUAAGAUUUCCACAGCUCAGGAGAUUAUCAGGCACUUUGAGGGACAGGCUGCAGACUUGGUGGUGUGUGACGGUGCCCCUGAUGUUACGGGACUGCACGAUGUAGACGAGUACAUUCAAGCGCAGCUCCUUCUCGCCGCUCUGAAUAUCACAACCCACGUUCUAAAACCUGGAGGAAACUUUGUGGCGAAGAUCUUUCGAGGGAAGGAUGUAACGCUGCUUUAUUCUCAGCUCAAAAUCUUCUUUGGUACGGUGACCUGUGCCAAACCUCGCAGCAGCCGCAACUCCAGCAUUGAGGCGUUCGUGGUGUGUCAGAAUUAUUCACCCCCUGAAGGUUACGUCCCCAACAUGUCUAACCCACUGCUGGAUCACUCGUAUGAUGUGGAUUUUAACCAGCUUGAGGGACCUAACAGGAUAAUUGUUCCUUUUCUGGCGUGUGGAGACCUCAGUGCUUUCGACUCGGACAGGACCUACCCACUUCAGCUGGACCCUAAUAAGGAGUAUGAGUAUUUGCCGCCCACACAGCCUCCGAUUCGACCCCCAUAUCAGCAAGCCUGUCAUUUACGCAAAAACAACCUGCUGGCCAAAGAGGACUCGCCUUCUGCCCUGCUAGAUGGUGCUCUUUCCACCAUGAACCUUGGAGCUGAACAGGAAACUUCCCCACCUGAAACUCACUGAACACUAUUCAUUGUCUCAAAGACAUUUUAUUCAAAUUGAAUUCAUGGUCUGUGAAAGGUAUUUCAUUAAUUAAAUUUUUUUAGAUGGAUAUGAUUCAAUGCUAUAAAUAUCGAUGUGGAUAUCAUGGAUUUUAGUGAUCUUAAUGUUUUUAUGUUUUUCACAAUUAAACAUCUGAACCGUCA